CUGCCAGUAUGAAAGUUGUCUAGGAAGGAUAAAGAGCAAGGUUUUGUUUUCGGCUGACAGAAACUCUUUCAGGGCAGAGAGACACAACUGCUUGCACACACAUUAAUCAGCUGGCGGGAGAUUAUCAUUAACAUAACCCAUGGAUUCUGAUCUGGAUGAAGUUGAUGACGACGUCUUUCAUCCAGACGAUGCCGAGGCUGGAGGUCCAGAGAAGACCAUAGUUUCAGACCACAGUUUCAGUGCGCUGUCACUCAAAGUGCCACUCCAUUUCUCAUACUGCAGGGGCACCAGGUUCAGCGGGAUCAGGUACGAGGACAAGGAGACCCAGACGACAAGCCCUGUCAUGACAAACAGAGACAUUAUGCUACCCUGCAGUGUUCGAGAAGAGCCUCUGCGACUUUUCUAUGGUAACGCAGGCUACCGAUUGCACUUCCCAAUGGAUUUUGAGCAGAAUCGGGAUGCCGUAGAGGACGAGCUUGCGCAGGAGCAGAACCAGGGAGGUGAGCAGCAAGUGCUAAGUGCCGAGGCUCGGAUUGGGCAGAAACUCCAGCAGAUAGGAGACCAGUUCCAAAGGGAUUACACUCUUAUGCACCACAUAAACCAAAGGAACCAGCAGCCGGUGUGGUGGAGACUGGCAGUUACUUUGUUCAAUCUGCCCUUUGAAAGAGAAGGGAACAGAUUGAUGCAAGAUCAGAGGUGAGGUGGACACUGCACGCGCACAGAGGGACUUGGCUGCUUAUGGCACUGUAAGAUUGAACACGGGUUUAGACCAUAAACCACACACCGCGGGCCGGUGGCUGAUUUUAUAUACUCUCAAAUUUCCCAAGAGGAAGCCAUGUUGUUCUUCAGUUUCUUUCACAAGAACACGUUCAUAUUGUUUGUGAAGAACUAUUUUGUACAGUAUGUCAGUUUUUUGCACUUCUGUAAAUGUACAUCUUGAACAACAUGCCGCCAUAUUGGGAAUGCCUUAUUUUCCAUUAUUGUGUGGAAUCUUCUCAUGACUGUUAAAAAAAUAUAUAGCAGGUAGAAAUUCGAUUUAACUGUGAUACCCUGGGACCAUUUCUCAAGUAACAUAUGAACUUAAACAGGUGAUUUUUCCAAAUAGUUUCUGGUACCAUUUUUCUCCUGUCCCAGUCAUUGAAAACUGAAAGGUGUUUAAUUUUGUAAAACUAUUGUCAGCAGGUCACUUCCCACUUUUUCUGUGUGCAUCUGUAAGUCUGGGAGCGAACUGGCUACCUCACGGCCCCCUGCAAGCACCUUAACCUCUGUACAAAAAGGGUCAGACCUGUUUGCAUGGUUAGAUCAUAGCGCCUCUGUUGCAUUACCUCAUCUCACCCACAGGGGUCAGCAUUAUCUGUAGAAGUGCAUUGUUAACACAGAACUACACAUUAAACUUCCAAUGUGUUAGCUUAACAGCCUCAAUCUUCUCAAUGCUGGCGAUGCAGGGCGUUUAUAUUGCCUAAUGGACUCCCUGAACCUCACCAGAAAUAUGUGUCUGUGUCCUAAAUCGAUUGAACUAAAUUACCACUACACAAUGAUUUGGACAGGAGUCAAGCAGGUAUUGACGCUAAUAAUGAAUGAAGGGUAUCCAAUUCUGUAUGUAAAGGGCAAGCCUGUGCUUCUCCUGGUUCUCACAUAUGGUGCAAACAUGGUACCUUUAGCACUGACUGAAUUAAGCUGAAUCCUUUACUAAAGAAAACCUGUAUUCGUGCAAAUGACUUCCCUUGCACAUAUCCUUUCUCCAGAGAAAUUCAAUUUUAUUUUGCCAGAAACUGAUAAAGUGUAUCACAUCUUUCCUCAUUAAACUAUUAAAUAUUGUUUUGGACCAGUUGUUCUAAAAGAGGGAACAAAAUCAUAUGAGGUAUAAAAACCUGUGAUUUAUAUCAGACAUUUUCUCAGGAUGUGGUUUAACAGUGGAGCUAAUUUCAGGUUACUUGGAUGUGAUAAUUCAAUGGAUUCAGUACGGUGCUAUUGUUACAAAUAACCACUAGUUUGUCACUAAGAAGUAGAUUUUGUACAGGAAAACAAACCAUGUUAAGGAAGACUGUAAUAAUUGUGAAAAUGACUGCAUUUGUAGACCACUGAUGCGGUUUCUUUUUUUUUUUUUCCCUCUUUGAUGGAAGCUGGCCUUGCCACUCAUUCAAAUACUCUAGACAGAAAUCUGUUUUUCAAUCUUGAAUCCCACUUUAUGAAAUUUUUAUAUAAAAUUGGGCAUUAAACAAAUGCACAAUCCACAAUUUCACUGAACCUCAUAAAUUACUAGUUUCUUUGUUUGUCUUGCGGCUCAUUACUUGAACAUAAACUGAUUUUAAUUACUUUAAUUUAAUUCCAAUAGAUGAUGUCCGACAUUUUGAACAAUUUUUAAAAGCCACAGAUGACAGCAUCUUCGAUAAGAUUUCCAUUACAUGAGAGUAAUCUUCCUGCUGAUUUGAACUCUGAAUGCCGUAUUUCAUUCAGUUGUCAAGGUUGUUUACCUUCAGCAGUAGUAUCCAUUAUAAUUUGACUAUUCUUCAUUAUAUCUGUGUACCUAGAUGAUGAAAAAUCCAGGGAAACCCUUGGGGAAAAAAAAUAUUAACAGUUUACCUUAAUAUAAACUAAUGUAACACUAGUGGCUGUAAGUUUUGUAAUAAGAGCUGUUGUAAUUUGAUAACGCCUAAAGACUAUCAAGAGCCAUCUUUCUAUCCUCUAAUAACCACCAUUAUAAGUCAGGAACGGUAGGUUCUAUUAUUUGCAACUCCUUAAAAGCUGUCAAAUGGUAAGUGGCCUCUGUAAUGGUUGUUUCCUGUAAACCUUGAAAGCUGAGCAGCUACAGUAGCCUCGUGCCUUCCUUAGAAUCAACUAGAGAAUUUUCUUUUUUUUUCAUAUUCCCCACCUAAUUUGAGUGGGUCAGCUCCCAGCAUCAAAAAGGGGCUUCUUUUCCUUGUAAGUUAUUCUUCAUAAUUUAUUUUGUGUAUAUUUGUUUAUUUCUACUGUAUAGAUUUCCUUGUGUGCAAUUUUUUGUAACUGUGUCCUAUUUUGUCAGUACCAAGAUUGUGCCAGGAUAUGUGACUAAUUCUUACAGCCCUACAGAUACAGACAGCUGUUCUUUAGAAGCAUUUGCGUGAAUUCUAUAAGGUUAGGUCGGCCCUUUUAUUUUUGUUAGCAAGAUGGGCUGCCA